UUCGCGACAGACAGACGUAUACGCCCACGCGUUUGAACGCCUCCCCCUUUAAUAUUUGAAAAGCUGGGGAAAGCCAGAAAAUCGUAAACGAACCGAAGCGAGCGCGCGCGUUGUGUACGGGCAUCGGAGAAUCGGAGAAUCCGAGAAGCGGAGAAUCGUACAUCGGACAUCGGAAGUUCUGCUUUGGAGUGGAGCAGCGACGUCGUGACCGAGCUCGAAAGAAACAUCAUCGUCGCUUUAAACCACGGGUCUGCGUCUGCUCUUUUCGGGGGGCAGCUGUUGCCCCAUGGAACUAUGCUCGGAUAUAUCAUCGUAACGCCGCGCCAGCUAAACCUAAUCCUACGGCCAAUGCAGAGUCAUCUAAAUACCUAACCUACGAAAUAAAACCAAAACGAUCUCUGGCAUCGCACUAAAACAAAUUGCAUCUAACUUACUCUCUGUGUGUAUGUGUGUGUGUGUGUGUGUGUGUUAUGUUUUGUAAAUUUGGUUCGUUGUUAUUAUCCGUACCCGUAAUACCACACCACCAUACUACUCUACUACACCUAUCCGCCUGAAUUAAAACCAAACCAAAUCCAAAGCCUGCCCGCUAACGAUCAUGCAUAAACCAAAGCUAGCGAAUGCUAUAACCGCUGCCGCCAUUGCCUCAUCCAUAUCCACAAAAAACAACAACAACAACAACAUCAGCGGCGGCAGCAGCAGCAGCAACAGCAGCUCCAGUGGCAACAACAAAUCAAAGAGACCACGUCAGUUUGGCAAACAUACGUUUGGAGCUGGGGGGCUCCUCCGGCCGGACGACUCCGGUUACGAUCAUCAUCUCGACCAUACAUCACUAAUUGGUGAUUCGAUUGAUUUAGAGCACUACAUCAGCGCCAUGGAGGCACGUCGACAUGACCAAGAGCCAGAUGUCUGGGCCCAACUGCAGCAGAAGGAAUCGGACAUACUUUUGGCCGCUGAAUUGGGGAAGGCAUUGCUUGAGAAGAACGAAGAGCUGGUCAAGCAGCAGGAGAAGCUCAUAGAGGACUAUUCAACCAAAAUUGAGAAACUCGAGCAGGAGAAGCAUGUGCUGCGCCAGAAACUGGCUAUCGCCGAGGACGAGAGUGAUCAGCGCGUCCUUGAGCUGCAGUCCGAUCUUACAGAGCUCAAGGAUAAACUGCUGGCCCAGGAUACGGCCAUUAGGCAGGCGGAGAAAGAGAAGACCAUCCUGAUCGACGAGCUGCAGCACCAGAACACACGUCUCACCGAACAGAUCCAGGAGGCCCAUGCCACCGAGCUGAAGCUUAGCGCACAGAUCCAAGAGCUGAAGGAUCAGUAUCACUACAGGAACAGCAGCCUGCAGGAACAUGUCAACAGCCUGGAGUCCAUCAAAACAGAACUCAACCUCACCACGGGCAAGCGACAAGAGCUGGAGCGCCGCCUGCAACACGCUCAGGAGGAGAAGGAAAGCCUCACCUCAUCGCUGGAGGAGUCCUCCGACAGAAUUCAUAUGCUGGAGCGCCAUGCCCGCGAACAGGAAACAAAAUUAGAGACCACCUUACAAGCACUGGAACGCUCCCAGCGCGAAAACAAUGUACUCAGUGAACGUUUGGGUGCCGACACAAACUCGGGCACACCGGGCCGGAAGAGUCUGCAAUUCGAAAUGGAAUGCGACGAGGACGAUGGCAGUUAUACGGAAACGGGGAAGCCCAACCAUAUGUGGGUGGAAGCCCGAUCUGUCUACAUACAACUUAAGUCCCUUGUGGAUUCCCUGAAAGUGAGCAACGACGAUGACUCAGGUCUCAAUUCCGACAUAUCGCUGGAACUGGAGUCAAUGGACAACACCAUUUCGAGCUCAGAGCGUCACGAAGAUGGGCACCUAGCUGUCGAAUUCCGUCAAGGCAUGCUUUCGUCUAUGUCCGACGAGCUGACUCGGCUGCUGCUAAACCUGGACGCCGGUAAUUUCAAGAAGAUGCUGGACCAGACGCGCAACCUGGUACUGGAGCAAGAGGACGAAAUCAAACGCAGUCAUCAGUUAAUUCAGCAGUUAGAGGCCAAGGUUACGGUGACGGAUGUAGAACUGCAGAAUGUCAAGGAGGAAAGGGAUCAGGCCCGUGGAGAUCUGGAAGACAACACGGAUCGGGAUGAACUGCUAUCCAAGGCGCAGACAGAACGGGAUGCGGCCAACGAUAGACGCACCAAGGCCGAAGUGGAGUUGGCCAAAACGCGAGUGGAACUGAUGCAGGCCAAUAGCCAACUGCUAGAGUCUAUUCAGCAGAAGGUGGAGCUGUCACAGCAGUUAGAACAGUGGCAGAUGGAUAUGCACGAACUGAUCGACGAACAGAUGCGUUCCAAGCUUAUCAACAACCGGCGAGCGAUGGCCGCCGAAUCAUCCGCCCCAUCGCCACCUAGCAGUGCCGCUGCCAAUCUGGCCAAGCGUGUAACAAGCUAUAAGCUCUGGAGUUUAUUUCAGCGGUAAUUGGACGAACCUCACGACCCGCUGGAAGGUCUAUGCCACCCUACUGUUCUUAAUGUAGGACGGAUCUACAUACAUAUAUAUUUUUAAUAUUUAUAUUUAUACAAAACACAACAACACACACAAAUCGGAGAACCUAGGCAUUAUAGGUAUUGUACUUUAUUGUUAUUUGUAUACUGGAAGCAUUGCCCUUCUUCUGUUCGUAGUGAAAUCUAUCUAAUUACGCUUUAUUAAUUUUAAACACUUACCGCAUAUUGGAUAUGAUUAUUGUACCUAUUGUAAUUACUGUAAUGUAACCGUACUUGUACCUAUGUUUAAACUUUAAACACAAAUUGUCUAAGCAAACGCUUUGCGCCUCUAUUAUCUCUCUAUUUAGUUUGUCCAGAAUUGUUCUAAAACUCCCAAUAUGGACCCCACAAGUAAUCCAUAAAUCAGUUUUUUAAAUAUUCACGGACUACUUGUUGGGUCCGUUUCGGUCUAAUCUGUUAACUGAUAAUCAAAAAUCAAAAAAAAAAAAUGGAAACAUAUCGCGCCUUUAUGUUGGGGGGCUUGAAAAGCCUCCUCUUCUACGGGAGAAACUGUUGCGAUUCAUCAAAAUCAAAAUGUGAAAUGAAAAUCAAAAUCUGUACGUAAGCAAAUAUAAUGUGUAAGCAAGGCAUUUAUGUUAUAGCAAAUAGAAAUAUUCAUCAUGCUGGCAAUCGGAAUGGGCGCAGGAUAUGUUAAAAACUGUGCAACAGACAAAACUUGCCUUAAUGAACGGACAAUGAAAUUUUAGAUUGUUUAAAUAACAUAACUUACCAAUAAACUUACGAUUAUACCACAA